AUGGCUGACAAGCUCCGCACUCAACAAGAGCUCGAACGCCUGCAGGCGAAAUACAUUGGAACCGGCCACCCCGAUACGACAAGCUGGGAAUGGCGAACAAACAUUCAGCGCGACACAUAUGCUUCCAUCGCCGGCCAUCGACCGUUGUUGUCCUAUGUAGCUCUUGCCGAGAACGAGCCGCUGGUUAAGGUUCGCGCAAGAAUGAUUCGGAAAAUGAUCCAACCCGCCGGCCCGCCGCCACCUCGUGAGGAAUAA